UAAAUGUGUGCAUUUGUUAGCUGUAGAUCUUCUCUGCCUGCAACAAUGGAACCUUCUCUUCCCUUCACUGACAUCCUGCAGCAGAACCAUACGUUCCUGAAAGAGAAUCUUGAUGUGGGACCAGUUCUAGAGCGACUAUACACAGGACAUAUCUUUACCCUGGAAGACUAUGAGGCAUGCAAGUCGAAGCAGACUGUAUCUGAGAAAUGUGAAAUGUUACUGUCGAUACUGAGAAGGAAGGGGCCGAACGGAUACGUGUAUUUUCUUGAUGUUCUGGCAACGUCACAACUACACGUUAAGAAACGGCUAGACGAAACCAAAAAGAAAACAGGACAUAUGAUGCAACGGGAGCAACAGAAAGAGCCUUUUGAUGAACUCAAGGCUACAUCGCACGUGAAAAUCCUGAAACGCAAUUCUUCCUUCCUGGUCAAAAACCUGGAGCUUAAGCCAAAUCUUGACAAAUUGUACGAGCUCAAAAUAUUCUCUGAGGAAAACAAGCAGGACUGUAUUUCAAAGGAGGGCACAACUUCUCAGAUUAAAGAGCUUAUCUCAAUCCUCGAAAGGAAAGGAAGAGCGGACUUUGAUUCCUUCCUUCACGUACUGGGUGAGAUUCAACCCUUCAUUAAAGAUCAUCUAAAGGGACUAGAGGACACCACCACUGCAACAGACACGCUCGUUUUCAAACUGAAAGCUAAAAUAAAGGAACUCGAAGGGGAAAAUGACAUCCAGAAGAAGGAUAUUGCAAGUUUGCAAGAAAUGAUAGAACCACUCCAGGAGUCUCUUGUGCAACUAAGGAAAGAGAAGGCUGACAGUGACAGGGAAAGACAGCUGCUGAAGCAGAGGAAUAAAUAUCUUGAAGGGGUGCAAAACUUGUCUAGAGAUGAAACCCCUGACAGAGAACGUAUUAAAAGCCUACUUGGAUCCCUUUCAAAUAUGGGUAUUUCCCACAAUGUCACACCCCAUCUGCUGAAGUCGACUGCAGUGGACAACACCUUUGUUCUACAAUGUAUACAUCUGAAGUAUGACAAAGACAGAGUCAAUCUCAAAUGGGUCCACAUCAACACAGAAGGAGGCCUGGUCAGCAGGAAGUCGGACACCAGACCUGCAGGGGAGGGGAAACUGAAGAAGUACCAUGGCACAUGUAGCACUGCCCCCCUCCCCCGGGCUGGCUGUCCCCAGUACUGGGAGGUGUUGAACAGGGUCAGUCUGGACAAACCACUCGCAUGGGGGAACCUCAUCCUGGAGGUGGGUGUAUGCAGGGAGGAGCAGAGGGACGUGUGUCAUUGUAUCAAUGCACUACCCAGCUCCUGCUGCAUGCAGGUCUCCCACUGUACUACACACGGCGGGAUAUGCAGGCGGACAUGGAAGGAGGGGAAGCGUGUGCUGUGUCUGCCUGACACUCUCCCCAACACAGCAGGGGCAUCACACACACUACAUUACGGUGUUGUCUAUGAUGACGCCAGGAAGAAGAUUGUCUUCAUUGAUGUGAAGGAGAACAAAGUGAUGUCGACGUUAGACAAUGUAGACUCUAGUUAGCCACUGUGGCCGAUGUUCGGGAUGUAUAACCCACAUCUCCUCACUGUCAGCAUGACACUUGUAGUGGGCGGCGACAUCAACAUGACAGAGGAGAAGAAAGCAAUGAUUGCCAAGGCGCUGUCGUGAUGGUGACAGUGAUUGUCAAGGCGCUGUCGUGAUGGUGACAGUGAUUGUCAAGGCGCUGUCGUGAUGGUGACAAUGAUAGCCAAGGCGUUGUCGUGAUGGUGAC